AUGGACUCUAUCCUCAACAAAGGCGAGCAGGCGCUGAACUCGGGUUCCCAGAACCAGAGCACCGGCCAGGAGGACUACGGUGACAAGGGCCUCGACGCCAUCGAGAAGAAGGAGGGGAUCCCCGAGAACCGCAACAUCAACGAGAAGGUCACGGACACUGCUCGCAACACCUUUGAGAAGGACACUGGCGUCGAUGUCCCGGACAAGGUCUCGAACUGA